AGAGAGCGUCAGAUGGGUACGGGAGUCCCCCAAAUGGAUCGCAUUGGAUCAGAGUUCGAACAGCUUGAUAAAUACGCUUGAUAAGGCACCCGUUCGGGCAGUUCGCAUCCGUCGCUAGUCAUGUUUGCCACUGCUCGUCUUUGCACGCUGUUUGUCGUGGCCGCUGCUGCGCUGAUUGUUGCGGUGGUGGCUGGUGGCUCCGGUGAAGCUCGCCAUCGGUCUGAUAUUUGUCCGCAGAUCAAGUUGAAGCGGCAGUGGGGCGGCAAGCCCUCGCAGAAUCUGCACUAUCAGGUGCGUCCCAUCCGCUUUGUGGUUAUCCAUCACACGGUCACCGGCGAGUGCAGCGGAUUGCUUCAGUGUGCUCCGAUUCUGCAGAGCAUGCAGGCCUAUCACCAGACGGAGCUCGACUUUGACGACAUCAGCUACAAUUUCCUCAUUGGCAGCGAUGGGAUCGUCUACGAGGGCACCGGCUGGGGUCUGCGCGGCGCCCACACUUACGGCUACAACGCCAAAGGCACGGGCAUUGCCUUCAUCGGCAACUACGGGGAAAAACUUCCCACGCCAGCUGCGCUGCAGGCGGCCAAACAGCUGUUGGCGUGCGGCGUAAGGCAGGGGGAGCUGAGUGAGGAUUACGGAUUGAUUGCAGGAUCGCAGGUGAUCAGCACACAAAGUCCCGGCCUGACGCUCUACAAUGAGAUUCAAGAGUGGCCACAUUGGCUCUCCAAUCCAUAAAAAUUACAAUUUUACAAUUUCGCGAAGUUUUGGCGGACUUAUCGAUUGCAGUAGGUCCGUGUCGGGAUGCCAACUCGGCUUAUUAGCCAAACAUUGCUUGGCGUCUACUUCGUUUUAACUUUUUCUUUUAAAUGAAACACACAAACUAAUUAACUGUAAAUUAACGCACUCUUCUGUAACUCAAUUAAACAAUUAAACUAGAGUUAAACUAGAAA